AUGUGCGAUCACGGAGCGGGCCGGCUGUGGGAGCCACUAACGCCGAUGACGCCUGAGUUUGCGUCAGUCGCUCAGGCACAGUUUGAGGUGCUCGGCGCGCGGCUGCAGGCCUCUCGCGCCGCCAUCUACUUUCGGCGCGAGGACCCACGGACCGGCGCUCUCGAGUUUGUGCCGGCCGCGGUCUGGCCGGCGACCCAAAAGGUAUGGAUCGUCGGUGAGGGCGUCCGGCCGUCAGUCGACUCGCCGCCGCUGCCGGGCGGUACCGACGCGGGGUCGCUGAUGCCAUCGUACCCCUUUCUCUCGCGCGCUGCCUCGCCGCUGCCCUUGGGGCGGCUGCCCGAGGAGGCUGCUGAGGCGGGCCUUUCUGUACCGCUCGUGCACGGCUCGGAUGCGCGCGAGCUGGAGGCUGCGGCCUCGGCGCUCGCGGUCGCCGCCCUCUUCGACCGCAGGUACUCGGGCCUCGGCGGAGGCUACCGCGAGAUCGUUGCUGGCGAGGUGGGCGUGCCGGUGCUCUUCGUGACGGACGUGUUGCGCGAGGCGUGCUCGGUCGGCGCGGCGGUCGCCUCCUCGCGCGGCGCGCAGCUGCUCGCGCUCUUCGACGAGGAGGCGCUCGCCAACGUGAUCGACAACGGGCUCAAGUACGCGCGGCCUCCGCCGGGCGGAGGCGAGCCGUGCGUCAGCCUCUCGUGCCGCUGGUGCGAGGAGGAGGGCAAGGUGCUGACCGAGGUCUGGAACUCGUUCUCGCCGCCGCUGCCGGACGAGGACCUGCGGCGCGCCUUCGAGUGGGGCUACCGCGGGGCGGCGGCGCGUAAGAGCGACGCCGAGGGCACCGGGCUCGGACUGCAGAUCGCGAGGCGGCUCGUCGAGUCGAUGGGCGGCACGCUCUGCUUGCAUAACGCGCCGAUGCCGGGAUGGGCCGCGGCCGAGUCCGGUGCUGAUGCUGCGGGGAUUGGUGCACCGCCGGAGGGGGUUAGCGCGGUGCUCAUGCUCCCCCGUGCGGGCGAUCACACCUGA